UAAACUGCCUUUGUCUGGACCGGACGCCGCGCCCACUGGUGACGCAGACACCGCGCCGGAAGUACGAGCCGCGGGCUCCCGAGAUAUAUCAUGGCGGCUGCUGCAGCGCGCUGGAACCACGUGUGGGUUGGCACCGAAACAGGGAUCCUGAAAGGGGUGAACCUUCAGCGCAAACAGGCAGCAAACUUCACGGCGACUGGACAGCCGCGGCGCGAGGAGGCGGUGAGCGUCCUGUGCUGGGGCUCGAGCGGCGAGACUCAGAUACUGCUGGGCUGCGUGGACGCGACAGUGAGGCGCUUCAGCACCGAGGAGGGAAUAUUCCAGGGCCAGAGGCACUGCCCCGGCGGCGAGGGCACGUUUCGCGGCCUCGCCGAGGCCGACGGCAACCUCAUCACAUGUGUGGAUUCUGGGAUUCUUCGAGUCUGGUGUGACAAUGACAAGGAGGUGUCCUCCGACCCACUCCUGGAGCUGAAGGUGGGCCCUGGGGUGUGUAAGAUGCGCCAAGACCCAGCACACCCCCACGUGGUUGCCACUGGUGGGAAGGAGAAUGCAUUGAAGGUGUGGGACCUGCAGGGGUCUGAGGAACCUGUGUUCAAAGCCAAGAAUGUGCGGAAUGACUGGCUCGACUUGCGGGUUCCCAUCUGGGAGCAGGACAUACAGUUCCUCCCUGAGUCACAGAAGCUCGUUACCUGCACAGGGUACCACCAGGUCCGUGUCUAUGAUCCAGCCUCCCCCCAGCGCCGGCCAGUCCUAGAGGCCACGUAUGGCGAAUACCCGCUGACAGCCAUGACCCUCACUCCUGGUGGCAAUUCAGUGAUUGUGGGGAACACGCAUGGGCAGCUGGCAGAAAUUGACUUUCGGCAAGGGCGCCUCCUGGGCUGUCUGAAGGGGCUGGCAGGCAGUGUCCGAGCGUUGCAGUGCCACCCUUCAAAGCCCCUACUAGCCUCCUGCGGCCUGGACCGAGUCUUGAGGGUACACAGGAUCCGGAACCCACGGGGUCUGGAGCAUAAGGUUUAUCUCAAGUCUCGGCUGAAUUGCCUCCUCCUGUCGGGCAGGGACAACUGGGAGGAUGAGCCCCAACAGCCUCAAGAGCCCAACAAGGUGUCCCCAGAAGACACAGAGAUGGAUGAACUUUGGGCUUCCUUGGAGGCAGCUGCCAAGCGGAAGCUCCCUGAUUUCAAGCAGAGCCAAGGGGCCCUCCAAGCCAGACACAAAAAGAAGAAGCGACCUGGAUCCACCAGUCCCUAAAGUCCCUGGACCCACUUUGUAAAUAAACAUCCCAGCACCCACCUUGA